AUGGCGAGUCCAGAGACACCAGGGGAUGAGAGUAUGGAGCUGGGGGCCGGGGCUGCAGUGGUAAGCUGUUCAGGCACGUCUACCAAGCCUGGCCCCUCAGGUGCCAAAGUAGACUCCCAGCUACAAGAUGCCGUCCACUUAAAAACAGAGGGGAACAAAUUCUACAAAGAGAAAAACCUUAGGUCUGCCAUUGGACGUUACCACCGUUCGUUGCUCGUUCUGCGUAGUUUAGACUCUGAUGUCACUGCGGCAGUGAAAGGGUUUGGUCCUGAGGCUCCUGUACUUACCGCAGGACAAGAAGAACUACUUAGGAACACACAGAUCGACUGCUACAACAAUUUAGCAGGUAUUACAGGCCUUGACAUGUUUCAUGCAGUAGAUGAGUUGUUUCAAAUCCCGCUCUUUCUGGACUUACCUUUAUCUUCUCUUUUCUGUCUCUCGGUCUCCCCCUCUCUCAGCCUGUCUGCUGCAGAGGGAGGGUGUAGACUACACACGUGUCCAGGAGUACAGCUUGCGGGUGUUGCAGUUGCGGCCAGGUGACAUCAAGGCCCUGUACAGAGCAGGAGUGGCCAAUCUGGAGAUGGGAGACGCACAGAGCGCCAAGCAAUACCUCACUCAGGCCAGCAAAGGACAACCCAAUGGUAGCUCAGCUCUUUGGUUACCAUUUCCCUGUUUGGGGGCUGCUGUCCCUACCACAGCUCGUUGGUUACCAUUUCCCUGUUUGGGGGCUGCUGUCCCUACCACAGCCUUUGGUUACCAUUUCCCUGUUUGGGGGCUGCUGUCCCUACCACAGCCUUUGGUUACCAUUUCCCUGUUUGGGGGCUGCUGUCCCUACCACAGCCUUUGGUUACCAUUUUCCUGUUUGGGGGCUGCUGUCCCUACCACAGCCUUUGGUUACCAUUUCCCUGUUUGGGGGCUGCUGUCCCUACCACAGCCUUUGGUUACCAUUUCCCUGUUUGGGGGCUGCUGUCCCUACCACAGCCUUUGGUUACCAUUUCCCUGUUUGGGGGCUGCUGUCCCUACCACAGCCUUUGGUUACCAUUUCCCUGUUUGGGGGCUGCUGUCCCUACCACAGCCUUUGGUUACCAUUUCCCUGUUUGGGGGCUGCUGUCCCUACCACAGCCUUUGGUUACCAUUUCCCUGUUUGGGGGCUGCUGUCCCUACCACAGCCUUUGAGUAAAACACAACAGAUUAUUGAUGAGUUGUGAGAGUGCGUUAUAAGCAUGCUGUGCUAUCCCCCAACAGAAUGAAGUAGAACACAAUAUAUUGUAUUAUUGUGUCUCUAUGCUAUUCCCAUUCCCCUAAUGUUGAUUGAAAUUGAAAUCACUUUAUUUGUCACUGUCUCUCUUUGACAGACACUAAUGUGAGGAGGCACCUGCAGCGAGCGGAGGAGAGGCUUAGCACGGAGUACCAGAAGGAGAAGGCUCUGUACCAGGUCAUGUUCUCCUCCAGUCGGGGAGGGGGCCAGCGGAGGAGUCACACAUAA